AUUUUGCCCUCAGUCAAGUUUUGAAAGUGAGUCACGUCACGUCACACAAAAAUUUAUCGUUAUCAUCAUGGCACAAAAAGUGAUCAUUUUCGCGUCGAUUUUCUUCUUCGUGGCUGUUUCCGCCUUGAAACUGGAACUGAUUCGGGACGAGUAUGAAAGGCUCGGGACAAAGGCGGACUUUUAUGAUGAGGAGUAUCAAAAUGGAAUGUCCACCCAUUUCGACCUUCCUGACGGCGCCUGUAAAAAUAUGCCACGUCGCUGGUUGAGCAGGGCGCAAGCGGUGGACACGCGAGGCACGUGCGUGUCCGCGUGCACGGAGAAGGACUGUCAAGGCACGUGCGUGCUCAUCAUUCCCGGAAACGGGGAGCAGAAGCUGUCCGACAUCAAGAUGGCCAAGAGGAUCCAAUCCGUCCAGGGAUGCUUUGUCGAAGGCAGUCAAAAGGGAAAAGCUUGAGGAAAUAUUUACAUAUUUAUGAAAAAUGAACAAAUAAAACCGAAAGUUUCCAAUUUUUUAUGAUAAAAA